UGCGCCUGGUCAGAUUUUGUAAACACGGCGAGCGCUCGUUCGUUGUCCACGUAAAUAACGUAUAUAUCAAUGUUUUGUAUUACCAGAGCGACGACUGUCGGGCGUAUGGUCUCUGUGAAUAACAGGGGGGCGUAUCUGUCGUCACACAUUGCCCCCUCUACGCAUUGCGCGGGUACGCGGAGCUGUCGGUAGGGAGGGAGUGAGGAGGAGGAGGAGGACGCAGAUAUAUUAUUGACGUUAUUCCAGGCAGUGCGCAGGACAUACCUCUCAUCAGGCCUGCGGUAAACUACAGCGCGAAGAAUGGGAAGGAGGCUACGCGGUGGGGUUAACGCCGAAAGCCUGGUCGCCUCCACCGAACACGGACUUUUGCUUUUAAGCGGUGUGUCCACUGGGAUCUAGCAGGCUAGCAGCACAGGCUAGCUCUGCAGCGAGGCUAGCGUGCUAGCAAAACUCCUGCCUUUAAUUUUUUUUGGCCCGCAUCGAAACUCUCAACUAUAGGAUCCGUCGCAUGCACAGAAAAAGAAAAUGGUUUACCUGUUGAACCCUAUAGAGAACCUGAGAAGCUACAUCAACAACCGUCCACCGCUGGUCAUUUUUAUGAUCAGUGUCAGUGCGGUGGCCAUCGCCUUCCUGACCAUCGGGUAUUUCUUCAAGAUUAAAGAGAUCAAGUCUCCAGAGUUGACAGAGGACUGGAACACGUUUCUGCUGCGCUUCAACGAGCUGGACUUCUGCGUGUCGGAGAACGAAACGAUAAAGCACGGCCUGAACGAGUCGACCACGCCCGAGAGCAUGGUGGUGACCAGCGGCCAGGCUCGAUCCAGCACCCAGGCCCCUCUCCUGCUGGAGGACUCGGGCCCCAUCAACAUCUCAGUCCCCAUCACACUCACGCUGGACCCGCAGCGCCCGUUUGGAGGCUACUCUCGCAAUAUCACCCACCUGUACGCCACAGUGCUGGGGCAGCAAGUUGGUCUUUCUAGCCGGGAAGCCCAUGAAGAAAUAAACAUCACGUUCACCCUGCCUUUAUCCUGGAACUCAGACGAGUGUGUGCUGCACGGACACUGCGAGCAGGUGGUGUUCAGCACUUGCAUGACCAUCACAGCGGCCAGCAAUAUCUUCCCAGUCACAGUGCAGCCGCCACACUGUGUGCCAGAGACGUACACCAACGCCACAUCCUGGUACAAGGUCUUCACCACGGUCCGUGACUCGGACACCAAAUACAGUCAGGACUACAACCCGUUCUGGUGUUACAAAGGAGCCAUCGGCAAGGUGUACCAUGCGCUCAACCCAAAGCUUACUGUCAUCGUGCCAGACGACGACCGUUCUCUCAUCAACCUGCAUCUGAUGCACACAAGCUACUUCCUGUUUGUCAUGGUCAUCACGAUGUUCUGCUACGCAGUCAUCAAAGGGCGCCCAGGCAAAGUACGACAAACCAACCCCGACUUCUGCCCAGAGAAGGUACAUCAGACACCAGCAGUGCUAUAUGACCUCAACAGGUGGCGCUGUCAGAGAGUUAAAAUGACGUCGGAGCGUUACGUCAGAACGUAACAGAAACACGGACAAACUCAAAGAAAAACGGAAGGAAUAAAAAUAAACAUACCAGUUGCCUAGUGAACCUUGGACUUUGGUACAAUAAAGGGACUCAAAAGCUCUGUGAAUGCAUUACUCUUGCAAUGUUGGGUUUCUCCAACCAAAGAUAUACAAGUGCCUGUAUGUGUGGUGUAAAUAUUUGUAGGAACUCUUAAUAUUCUGUGCAAGACCUGUUUGUUAUUUUCUUUUCUUUACUCUUCAUUGUUUUCAUUUUGGUUUAUUGUUAUUAUUUUGCCUGAAAUCCCUUGUGCCAUGUCGGAACAUGCAGUACGUAAACAAAGCAGAUUCAUCGGCAUUUAUCUCGUAGCCAGUUUUUUUUUCUUUCUUUGAAUCAAAACAAGAAGAAGGAAAAAAAAGGUUAGGGUUUUGCACAUUCUCAUGACCUUUAUCGCAGAUUUAGGUUGUGAUUAUUGUUUUUUUUUUUAGUUUACAAAUGAGAUUUCCGAAGUAUUUUUGACCUCCCAUGAUGUUUGAAGUUGUUUCCAAAAAUGUCCAGAAUGUUGGAUUUGGACCUUCGCUUUGUGGAAGAUUGUCGUGUUCGCAACAAAUGUUCGGAAAGGGGGCGGAGCUUGUUUCUAGCAUGCAGCACUCACCCGCUACCUCACGAUGAAUGAAAUCCAGAAGGAGCUGGCAGAACGUUCUUUAAAGAACUGCAUCUUCCUUUUUCCAGCAGCCAUUUAGUCUCUUUUUCUUCAAGCAAGAUCGAUUUAUUUCUUUUAAAAAGUUUGGAUUUCAACACUCAUCGCAAAUACUAGUUUUUUCCUGUAAAUGUUUGUUUACAGACUUGAACAGACAUUCUCUGGAGUUUGCCGAUCAUUUAUGACGAGUGUAGUAGUGUAGAGUUUGCAACAACAGGCAAGAAUUUAAUUAGUUUCAAUUGAAUUACAGCUACUGCAUCGUGUUUAUAUGUUACAUGUCAUGUCAUUUAGCAGACGCUCAACUGACGCUGUUCAGUCCGUUCUCAGCCCGGGCUAAAAAAUAUAAUGAAAAUAAUAGAUGCUUCCUGUGCGCUGAAGAAUACAACAACAGGGAUUAAAAACAUUGCGAAAUUAAGGAUAUGAGGAGACCGAUUUUACCCCCAUGACUGCUUGAAAACUAGAAAAAGGACGGUCGUCCAACUGAACGUCAAAAUCUAGCUGCGAAACCGCCAACCUGAAAGAGGGGAGUUUCGCCCCCUUGUGAAUUACAAUAAAUGUUUCCCCUCGACUUAGAAACUGGAAAAAGAAGAACCACAGUCCAACUGAGCGUCAAAAUGUAGCUCAGAGACGUCUGAGAGAAAUUGGCUCCAGACGUUCUCCAUAGUUUGCGUAGUGCAGACAAAUGUCUUGAGCGACUUUAGUGGAUUUUUUUUGUGUUUUACAUCCAGCCCUUUUUGGACAAUCUCUGAAAAUUCUUAAACACCUGCUCGAGGAUGAGAUGCUUUUGUUAAAUCUUUAGUUUGGGCAUUUUUGAGCUUUUUGAGGGAGGAGAAUGAAUGUCGCGAGUAUUUAGCUGUCUUUUUUUUUCAUGUCAGUAGCAGCAAAUUAAGCUGCGUAGUAACCUGUGGUUUGUGUUGAUCAUUUGUUUUCAGUGUUGUUGUCACUCUUAAAGUAUGAUUUUCUGCAACACUUGCAAAUCUAGUUCCAGUUUCUCGACUUCCACGUUCAAUAACAGUCUCUUUUUUUGUUGCACCAAAAUACGAUCUUGCCUUACCGACUGUACGACGUGAUUUACUUCCACAGCCGUCCUUUUCUUUUCGUUCUUGUUAUUCCACUUCUGAUGAGCCUGUGGUUUUGAACUUUUCUUCUGUUUGGUUGUAAAUAUCACAUGGCCCUUUUUUUUUUUCUGUUAAUUUUUGCUCUGCUUUGAAAUGACUUGUGCUUUUUAUUUUUAAGCAGCUCAAUACCAGUUGCACGUUUUCCAAGUGUUGGCAAAGUUUGUGCACCUUCAGAUUUCUUGCACAUUUUGUUAAUUAAACCCCCACAAAAUGCAAAAGAAAUUAAGUCACAUGUAAACCAGUUGGACUCCUGAAACAUAAUUAUAAGUUAGCAUAUCAUUUGUUUGUAUAAAACUUAAUAUAUUUACCGCAUUAUAAGUUAACGUUUGUUAUUUUUCCACUGCAACAAAAUGUGCAAAAACUCACUCGGUGUGUGGAUGUGGGUGUUCAGUGAGUUGGGUUGAAGGAAGGCGGUUUUAGGCUGUGCUUCUCUAGAAGAUUUUUCCUGCGUGGCGAAGCAUCUCGAUGCAUUUUACGUGUUUUUUUUGGGAACACUGCAUGGCCGAAUUGACAAUCACGUAACACGACCCUAGUAGACUUGCGCAUCAGGGUCCUGUCGUGUCCCACUUCACCAUUCCUACCAAAGAAGAAGAGAAUGAUGCUACAGCUCCCUUCGGACACGUCUGGUCCGAGCGGCCCACCGCUGAAAGGCCCGUCGGAGCAGAGUCGGGGUGUCAGCCGGUUCAGGGGUCACCAGGUCGAGUCUCGGAUGACUUUCCUUGGCGACUUCUUCUCCUUCUUCUUCUGUUGUCGAAGUGUUUUUUCUGCUUGGUGAGGCGGGUUUAUACUCCCACGCGCACCCAACGCAGUCUUUGCGCACAGUUCCAUGGAAGUAUACCAGGGGCUUAAAAGUGAGCUAUAUUUGACGCAGAUGCUUUAAAAUUUGUGAGCUUAAGAAAAAUUUAAAAAUAACUAGAGAAUGAAUAACAAUCUAAAUCCGCCUUUAAUAUAUUAUUAUUACUAUUAUUAUUAUUAAGUAUUGUUUUUUUUUUGUUUCAGUAGCGAUUGUUGAUAGAUGUGAUUUACCUCUGUGUUAUAUUUCUGUUCCAUAUUUAAAGUACCUGUUGAAUGUACUUUUUUAAUAAGAAGCAUAAUCUGAAUCUUGAGAUGCAGGAAUUCCAAGUGAUUUUGAAAAUAUGAUGUAGUUUAUUCUUAUUGGGUUUUUUUUCAGUUUGAAAGGCUUUACUUGAAUUAUGUUUUAGUUCAAGUGGAAUUCAUUCACGUAACGUUUUAUCUUUUUUUCCUUUGUGACACACGGAUGAAUCCGUUGUCAAACUGUUGUAUCAGACACUUUGUACAUGUGUUGAUUGAAUUGUUUUGUGUGUCUGCACACGCACGUGUGUGUUGGUGAAUGAGUGAUUUUUUUUUCUUUGUGAAUGAUGCUGGGACAAGUCUUCCAAAGUCUUUGAUUUGCAUCAUAUUUGAGCUUGCAUGUGUUGCCUUCACUGUCAUCCUCUGUGUCCCGACUCUUUUUGGAAGAUGUGGCUCUUCCGGCUGGACGUUGUCAGUCGGGAAGUUGAAGAUGUGAAAGAAAGAUGCCAUACUGUUGCCAAACUGCGACAUUUAAAGGGGCUACAUAUAAAAAGAAAGGCGUUUUUAAUUCAAAUAAUUGUUGCAAAAGUUUCAGGCCUUACCCACAUGGAAACAAAACUCCCGAUACAAUUGUUUUCUUUUUCGUUCUCAUGAAGUUUUCCAUAAAUAUGGCAUCAUUUUGUUGGGGCUAUAGUGUUUUCAUUUCCCCAAGUUGCAAAUUGGUUGUAUCCAUGAAAAUGGGUUUGUUUGGUUUUUUGGGGGGGCUUUUGGAGGGUUUGAAAUAUAGUAUUUGAAAUAUAACCUUUUGUAGAUUCUCCUCAAAGCGUUCUUACAUGUACAGGCCCCUAAAACCCGCCUUUACACCAAAGUGGAAGUGUGUCUGCUCCAAGGUACAGCAGCAGCAGCUCGAUGUGAGGAGAUGACAAUGCCAAACAUUGUAUGCGUCGUUAAACAUCCACCGACGUUCGCGAACCUUGGCUCUAACUUUUCUGUUUAAAUCAAUAUAAUCUGUUUUCUCUCGUACUCUCCACGUUCAGCUGUCGAUUCUUUUUUAAAAGAUUUAAUUAAAUUAUAAGUACAUUUUAUUAAAAUUUAACCAGUUUCUUACAUGUAGCCCCUUUAAUGUCGAUGACCUCCAUUUUUUGCAUCUUUUCCCUUGAUUCUUUUUUUGUUUUGUUUCCGUCUUUGCGCAUCUAAAUGCAAAAUGCCUUAACAUUGUACGGUUUCAUUUGAAUUUUUCACACACUGUAAAACGCUUUUCCGGGCAGACGCGCCGUCACCUCUGAGCUAAACUAACGACCACGCUUGCUGUUGUAGUUUUGAAUCGACUCCACUAUAUCACUUAAGGACUGGAGUGAAAACAGUGCAGCAUCAUCAUACUCAGCCUGAUAUGUCACGGCAAUCGUCUCCAGUACUCGGCAGCGGCGGCCAUUUCAUGUCACCUCCAUUAUCCGUUCUGUCACAUUAGCAGCGCUUAGGCAAGUAUUAAGCCAACUCUGUGCCUUUCUGCACUAUCGAGCUGCAUUCUCUUCCCCAUACAUACGGUAAAUAGGACCAUAGGUUUAAUGUGGCUAUAAGAUUUAAGUCAUUUGAAUCCUCUUCCUCCCCAGUGGAACUGCUGUAAAUGAAUAAAGUUCAAAUAAACUGUCUCUAAAUGAUAAAUAAAAAUUA